GAAGUUUAAGUCCAUUGUUACUUAAGACGACUUAUUUCUAUCCAUCUUAAAGACAUAGUUAGUGUUUAGUUGGCUUAAUUAGCCGACAUUUGUUUUCUUCUUGCGGUAAAUUGUAUUAAAAUGGCAGCAAAUAACAAACCAGGGUUGUCUCUUGUGAUAAAUCUAGGGCUCCUCGCUGCAGUCGGUGCUUCAGUGUGUGCAGAUAAUCGAGCUUCAAGUGGAUUGAUCGAUGGUGAUGACGGCAACGCAGUUAACGAUUUCCUAAAGGUGCUGAGGAGAACUAAAAUAUUUAUCUUGAAGGGUGAUAACGUUAACCACAACGGUUGUCGAAAGAGUAUAGGGCAAUUUGUAUUCCGUGAGAGAUUGGAGGAAAACAAUCAAACUUGGACUCUUGACUGUUGGGAACCAACGGAAUGCACUCUUGUCAAAGAAACAGACCAAUACCCGAACACAUUACGACUUGUUCCGAUUGUUAAGAAAUCCUCGAAUCCGUUUAAUUCUUGGGUACGGACCCAAGUCAAUACUGUUCUGUUACCUAUUGACGAACGGAACACUAUCUCGUACACAUUUAUUCCGUACGUUUCUCAACGUAGUGCUAUGUUUGUAACGGCUUUGCUAACGGGAUGCAGUGUCUUUGUUGCGACAUCCGACAUCCCAAUCUGGGAUUGUAACAUCAUUGUUAUGCACGCUAAUUGGUUCUGCAGAUCCGAGGGAAACGAUGAAAAUCACGUUCAGGCAACGUAUGUGCUUCAGCAAGUUCAAGCCACAAACCAACGAUGCAAAUACCAAAUACGACGUCGAUGGUCAGCUGAUUCGAAACGAAAGGCUAUAGAAACCCACAACUAUCAUUACAGUAACAACAUCACGUAUUACAGAGAAAGCGUACGGGCCAAUUUUGUGUAUGGGUACAAUCUUGGAGGAUGGAGGAAGUGGCAAUUCUGCCUGAAGGAGUUGGAUAACAGUGCUCAACAAGAGAAAUGUAACGAAAUUGUUUAGGACAUAUACUUAAGGACUAUGAAAACGCACGGUUCGAAUAAUACAAUAUAUACUAUGAUAAUAUCCUUACACAUUCUAAAUAGCAUAUUCAUUAUUGACAUUAAGACAUAAAAUUAUCUAAAAUUGAGUCGGUAAUAAUGAACUGUCGCACGAUAAAGAAAUUCUCCAAAGAACGAAAGUAACACUUUUUGCUACUUGAGAUAAGAUUGCAGUUGUUAAGAUGAAUCGCAUGUAUUACAUUUUAACUGUGAGGCCAAAUGGCAAGGAUAUAUCAGUCUAUUAGAUCCGCCAGUGGUUGGCACUGACGUUUCUAAGGUUUUAAUGUUGACUUUUCGUAGAAAGCUUCCAGUGAAUGUGUUUCUGAGAAUACCAUUGUUAAGCGUAUUUGGUACGUCAAUCACAUUGUGUUGAAAAGUGUGCGUUUUUAUUUACACAUGAUGUGCUUUAACGGACAAGACUUUAGUGUGCAUAUACAUUUCAACAUUUUCAAACAUUUCCAGCGGUAAAGUUAAUGUUCUAGUUUAUGUACUCUUGGUAGAAUCUUUCAAAUUUCGUUUCCUUGUACAAAAUCCCAUAAAACAUAGGCAUGGGUUUUCAAAGUCCCUUUUAAGUUCAUUUUUUUGCCACUGGACCUCACAUGAGUCCGUAUAUAAACUUGUUGGACCUGAUGUCAUUCACGUUAUAGUUGCUAUCUCAUUAUAAGUAGCAAACAGUUUUACUUUGUACUUUUGGAGCACGGUCUUUAUUGGGGGAUAAUUUCUUUAUUACUCAAUCAAUUUUCAAUCUGUUUGUGUCUAAAUGACGGUAAUAAAUUGGUUCAAGCAUUAUGCACAGAAAUAAUUAUACAAUAAAUAUUUAAGAUGAAAAACAGCACCUAUCCAAGGCAUGCGUUUUCAUAGUCCUUAAGUUUUGGCGUAAAAGUGAUAAAACUUUUAUUUCAAAAUUUUGAAAUCAGAAAGUAACAACUUUAAAUUAUGAUUUGAAACGUCCCUUUAUUUGUUUAUGUCUCAAACGUUAAAUCGAUCAAUUAUUUAUAUAUCCCUGAGUUUAUACAUGUAUUAUGCCACUCCCGUUGCCCUGCUGUUAUAGAUGUUUGCAGAAGAAAGAUCGAAUAAAUAUACAAACACAAA